AUGCCUAAAAUCCACAAAUGGUCGCACACGUAUUUCGGCCUCUCGAAAUGGGUGAUCGCUUUGCAACGCGCGCACAUCAUUCUCCCGAGACAUCAUCACAAAAUCCAUCACAUUUCACCACACGCCUGCUAUUACUGUAUCACGACAGGAUGGUUGAAUUACCCGCUUGAAGUUAUCGAUUUCUGGAGAAGAGCCGAGAAAACGGUCACUUAUUUGACAGGAAUGCAGCCACGAGAAGAUGACAUGAAAUGGGCAACUAAACUCAAA